AUGUUUUUACAAGCAAUAGAGAUCACGGACCAAAUAAUGUCUUUGCUUCCACAGGGUUCAGAACUGUAAAACAAACAUAGAAAAUCAUUUAUUCGACAUAAAGUACAAGAAAUCCAAUCCAUGCUAAAAAUGCAUAAUUCAGCCUUAAACGAAAACCUUAAACUGCCGAUUUUAAAUAUCAUUUUCAAAGACCUUGACGGGUUUCAGCUGACCAAAGGCUACAAUAGUUCUCAGCAUGACUAUGGAGAAAUGCGGUCCUUAAGAGAUUACAUUGAUGCAUUUGCCUAUUCAAAAAAUCUCAAAAAAGAAAAUGCCUGCUUCACUGAUCUAGGAUGUGGCUUAGGAAAAGCGAAUCUUGUCGCUUCUAGCAUUUUUAAGGCAAAAAAAUCAAUAGGAAUUGAAAUUAUCCCAAGACUCUACACAAUGGCAUGUGCUGGGAAAAUGUUAUUUCAAUCGUUUGACAACAAAAGAGAAUUGUCAAUUGAAUAUUUUAAUUCAGAUAUUAUGCAAUCAUUACAAAUAUGAAAAGACUCAGAUGUGGUAUAUGCUAAAUUAUGAUGAAUAGCCCACUUAGGGGCAUUUUUUUUUUUUCCAAAUGCCAGCAGCUUUGCCAAAUUUAUAAUUUGGUAAUCAAAAAAGUUUCAUUAAUUGGCUAUUCGUUGGAGAUAGAUAUAUUUGAAUUGUUUAACAUGAAGUAGGGAAGUUGUCAGAGAAAUUGUGAAAUUAUUUGAUCAGCUUAAGGCUGGGUGUGAAGUGUUUUGCACACUGAAGAUUAGGAAGAAUAAUAUGAAGCUGAUAAAGACUAUUGAAGCCGAAAUGACUUGGGGAAGGGGCAGAGUGUAUUUGUAUGUUCUGCGAUAA